AUGCAAGCCUCGGUUCUAGCAAUGGCUCCAACAGAACCGACAGUAAUAAAUAAUUUCGUAAGUUGCGUUAGUGACUUAAUUAAAAUAAAUUUUAUCAAGCCUGGAUUCUUAGUUUUUGUAAAUACAGAAAAAUCUAGUUCUCAAGUUCUGAACUUAAGGAAUGAGUUAUUGGAAAAAAUACAUAAAACAAGAACAUACAUAGUUCAAAUAAGUGUAUCUGAUGAGCUACCAAUUUGUGAUGAGGUUGAAAAUUUUCAUAUGGAAUUAUGGGAGCCAUUUACUGGCACGCCAGUUGCUGAUUAUUUCGUGAUCAUCAUUGAAAACUAUAAGGAUUUUACAUAUUUAGCCAGAAAAAUGAUUCGAAACAGAUUUUGGAAUCCUCAAGCAAAAUUUAUAAUAUUGUUCUUUCCUUUAAAGAGUACUGAUACAAAAAAUCUAAGAACAGUAGAAAAAAUUUUAAGUUGCCUAUUUAAAUAUAAUGCCAUAAAAAUAAUUAUUGGAGUUCCAAGUAUUCAAGAUGCGCAAAAUACAAUUAUUUACAGUUGGAAGCCGUACGAUCCACCCAAAUUUUGUGGAUAUUUCAAUGAAACUGCUCAUAACAGACUAAUAGUUGUCAACUAUUGUCAAAAUGGAAAUGUUAAAUAUAAAAAAAAUAUAUUGAAAAAUAAACUUCCAAUAAAUAUGCAGGGUUGUAUUUUACAAAUUCUAGCCUUAGAAAGAUUGCCAUUUGUUAGUAAAAAUGAACGAGAUGCAAACAUUGAAAGGAGAAUUGUAAACACAAUGUUAAAAAAAUUCAACUUCACUGUACAAUAUGAAAUAAUAAAUGCAUUCAGAGGUGAAAGAAAUAAAAAAGGCGUCUGGGAUGGAGCUCUCAAAGAACUGAUCGCCAGAAAGGGCCAUGUUCUUUUAGGGGGCAUAUUUCCUGAUUUUGAUGUACAUGAAGAUUUUGAGUGUAGUACUUCAUACUUAGCGGAUUCAUACACAUGGAUUGUACCGCGAGCAUAUUACUCACCACCUUGGAUAUCACUGUAUAUAAUAUUUCAAAAAAUUGUGUGGUUUUCUGUUAUUGCAGGAUUUAUUAUGUGUGUUUUAGUGUGGAUACUUUUAGGUUAUCUGAGUGAAGAUACUCAUUAUAAUCAAAACUUAGGGCAUUGUUUUUUAAAUACAUGGCUAUGCUUGCUAGGCCUCGUUACAUACAUCCGCCCAAAUAAAGAAUGUUUACGUAUAUUUUUUGUAUUUCUUAAUUUAUAUUGUGUUAUAUUUCUUACGGCAUAUCAAACCAAAUUAAUAGAAGUUCUUCAAAAUCCUACUUUUCAGGAUCAAAUAGAUACGAUUGAAGAAUUGGUUCACAGUCAUUUAAAAUUAGGUGGUUCUGAAGAAUUACAUGAUUUAUUUUAUAACUCUACUGAUCCAUUUGAUUAUUUACUUAACAAAAAGUGGAUCAACGUGUCUAAUAUGACAAAGGCGUUACACGAUGUUGCAGUGCAUCGGAAUUUCUCUGUAUUAUGUAGUCGUAUGGAACUAACUUAUCUUUCUUCGGUUUUACCGGAACUAAGCGAUAGCUUUGGACUUAAUAAUUACUAUGCGUUUCCAAUAGACACAUUUUCGGUUCCAUUGGAAAUUAUCGCAUUGAAAGGAUUCCCAUUUAUGCGAAAAAUGUCACGUGACUUAAAUGUAUAUAAACAGAUAGGUGUAACUAAAGGUGUGAAACGAGAUUUUAAAUUACUUAGCGAGAGAAAACGGGCUAAAAUACUCUAUACUUCCGAAGCUAUCAAAAACUUUCAUGUUUUGACCUUUCAACACUUACAAGGUGGAUUUUUUGCGCUAGCUGCGGGUUUAUUUGGUGGAAUAGUUGUUUUGUUAUUAGAACUAUUAUCAACACUUAAAUUCGUUGGAAAU